AUGCAUUUCUAUCUGGCAACCACUGUUCUUGCUUUGCUCUGCGCAGGCGUCCGAGCAGAUGACUAUCUUACGGCUACUGCCUUGGUCACUAAUGCUGCAAACGAAUCAGCGCUCGAGUGUUGGCGAUUCUCGACACCAUUGAUCGAUUCGUCACAGCCUGGUAUCGCUGGCAGUUUGACGUUCAACUUCAAUGCUAGCAGUGCUUCGUACACCAUCAUUCCACCAAGAUUCAAUGGUAGCAGACACAAUGCCCCGACUCCUCAGCUGGUUGUGUAUACAUCCGGUCUGGCACAUAUCUCGUUGCCCUCGUCCAAAGAUGAAGAGUGGUUCAUUGGCGGAAACCAGGGUCUGCUUGUCGCGGCUGAUACGACUGGAGAUGGUCACAUCACAGACUAUCCGUCCGAUCAGUACACAUCAGUCUUGACCGUUCCGUUCCCUGGCGGCAUGUUACCUGCUCACGAAAAGCUUACUUCAGGACCUUGCCAAUUCAGCAGCAUCGGGGCAAGGUCGCUGCGAAACAAGAUGUGGCACUGA